UUUACAAAAUUCUAGAAAGAGGGAAGCAAAGGUUGGAACUUAAGGAUCCGAAGUCGGCCUACGAAGCCCUAGUGCAAUUAUUUGAACGAUGAGACCAUAUCAACGGAUUAUUGACAGCUUUUAGUUCCAUACUCCAUUUGUGGAUAUUUUAGUUUCCUGUUCGAAAAGCAUGAAAAUAAAUGACAAACACCUUCUAGCCUAUGGCCAUUCACCAGACUGUAUUGACAAGGAAGGUUAUUUGAAAAAGCGAGGUGAACUUAACAAGGGGUUUCAACGUAGAUGGUUCGUUUUGAAGGGUAAUCUACUGUUUUACAGCGAAAAACGAGGUGAGAAGCCGGCUGGAGUUAUUAUCUUAGAGGACUGCAGUGUUGAAGUUUCCGAUGAAGACUACUACUCGUUUACAAUUUCGUUUUUUGGGGAUGGGACUCGAGUUUAUACAUUGUCUGCAGACAGUGAAGAUGAAAUGAUAUCCUGGGUGAAACGGAUAAAGGUUGCACCUUACGGGUAUGCUGCGAUGGUUGUAAAGGAACUGGAAAAGCAACUUGCAAAGCUUAAAAAACACGAAGAGGAGUUGCUGGAAAAACAAGCAGUGGAAUCAGCUAAAAACUGCGAGAAAGACCCAGACUCAGAUUUAAUUGAAUUUGAAGCAAAAGAAUAUGCGCAAAUAGAAAUGGCUGAAAGUUUGAUUGAUAAAACAGACCAUGCUGUAUAUUCAAAUGUAGAGGGAAGAAAGAUUUCAAAGGGAAGCUCUAAUAGAAACACAAUAGCAAUAGGAGGCCAUCCCAAAAGUUUUAAUAACUUGCUAACAGUUGCUGGAGCUGCAGCUAAGCUAAAAAACAAUAUAAUUCCAUCACUGGUGAGGUCAAAAAGCUCUGAAAAUAUUAACAAACUAGUUUCCAAGUCACCUACAACGAGCCCAGUUCCUCCUCGUCGAAAAUUUCAUCAAAGUAUAAUGCGGAAGAAAGCACAUCAUGUGAAAGUGGAACAUAAUGUCGAGGCAAAUUUAGUAACAGCCCCAAGUGCCAAGACCACACAGACACUUCCAAUUGCUCCAAAACCACCUUUAAAGAGCACCUUUUAUAUGUUACAUAAUCGAUAUGCAGCUAUUGUCUGGACUGCUAUUAAGGAAUUCGAAAGUGGGACAGUUGAAGAUCUGUUGAAAUUUGAUUGAGCUCAUAUUAAAAAUGUUUGUUACUCUGUUUUAUUGAAAGCACAAAUUAUUCAAAUGUACAUAUAGAACAAUAGAGAUAUCAAUUUGAGUCCCCUUGAUUAUGGUUCCACAGACGUUAUGCUCUGGGAUACUUUCUUAAGUGAUAAAUCUCAAUAAUGACAAUUUGUUUUUAACAUUCUUUUUCAUUGCACUUUAUUAGAUAUAUAACUAGGUGUACCAUGAAGGAAAGUUAUCAGAGUGUUUUAAUAGUACCUAAAAAUGUCUCCAAUAGAUAACUCAUUUAAGGAAAUUGCAAAUUUAAAAUUUUUAAGACAAAUGAUUUUAAGCAAACCUUAAAGUUAAAUUACGUAUUUGCUUCACAUUCCCUGAUUACUGCUAAAAAUACCUUGCUCGAUAUUACAAUUGUACAAUUUACUAUUAAAUAUCACAAGUUGCUCUUUAACAAACCUAACAGCUGGGAUAUUUUCCUUACAGUUUUUAAAAUCUAAGUUCAGACUCACAAAUGCCAAGCUUCAGUAGUAGACUGUUGAUAUGUAUACUUGUUUUAUAUACAAAAAAUUGCAGUAGUUUAUCGCUUGCCCUUGAAAUUUCCUGCAAUAUUAGGUAAAUAUGAAACCUUUCAAAAUUUAACUGUUCAGUGCAAGCUAAAAAUCCCAUUUGUAUAUACUUUGGUAUCUCCUAAGUUAAAGAUAUAUUUUUAAACAUUUCCUUUCAAUCUUAGAAGCUUCUCUGGUAGUCUUGAAGUCCCUUUUUUAAACUUGUGGAUAACCUUCGAUAAGUUUUGGUAGAAGGCCAACUAGUAUAAGUCAACUUUCGGAAUUCGUAGUUCACAUCCAAAUUCCAUAUCAACAGAAGUUUUUGUUACACUUUUUACAAUCACAAAAUUGUAAGCUACCAAAAAGCCUUUUGAUGUAAUGCCCAUUAUAGUAAUAUGCAUUGUAUACAGGUGCACUUUGUAAAUUUCAAAGAAACAUCUAUAAUGUAAAGCUUUAGGAAUAGAUAUGUAAUUUUGUUUAGGCCACUUUCUGUUGCAAGUUUAAUGCCUUUUUUCAUAUAAAGUUAAUAAUAUUGUUACUUUGUAAUUUUAGUAAACCAGAAAAUUUUGACAGUAGCAAGCUUAUUGCCUCUAUUUUUCAUAAAAUGAUAUAGUAAUAUAGUAAGUAAUGGUAUGUUUAUUUUCCCUUGAACUUACUCUCCCCUGUAUGCGAUCAAAAACAUUUAUCAAAGCUACUUGCUACCCCCUCUUUUGCCAGUCCACUUCGUGCAUGCCUCCUAACCCAGGAGCAGACACUUAGUCAAACAUUGGGGGCAAGCCUUUUGUUUUGAUAAGAUGAUGUCACAUUGCCCCGACCAUUGGGGCAACUGCCACCGCUCAGCCCUCCCC